ACCCCACACCAGCUCUUGCACCCUGCCUGAGCUGAGCUGAGCCCGGCUGCGAGAAAGAUGUUCGAUAACACGCAGUAUCCUUACAACUGUUUCAACUACGACGGUGAUGAUUACCCCGCCUGCAGCUCCGACGAGGAGAAGAAACUCAGCCGCCCAGCUUACAGCUACAUUGCCUUGAUUGCAAUGGCCAUCCAGCAAAGCCCUGCCAAUAAAGUGACGCUGUCUGGCAUUUAUGACUUUAUAAUGAAGAAAUUCCCUUACUACAGAUCAAACCAAAGAGCCUGGCAAAACUCCAUUAGGCAUAACCUAUCCCUUAACAGUUGUUUUGUAAAGGUCCCCAGGAUGGAAGGGAAUGAGAAGGGGAAGGGAAACUAUUGGACUUUCGCUUCAGGAUGUGAGUCCAUGCUGGAUCUUUUUGAAAAUGGGAACUAUCGGAGAAGGCGUAGAAGGAGAAAUAUGAAAAGGGAACCUAAAGACCAGAAGUCAGGUGGGACUCUGGGGCCCUCCACCCUUGAUCUGCCCACUAUGGAUUCAUGUUCGGAGGGCACCCACCUGAAUGAGGGCACAACUAAGAAACACGAAUUCAGAGCCCCUCACCUAGAUCCUUCUCCAUUCUUUCCAAAUGGCCUCUCCAAUCAACAGAACCUAAGCAAUGCUUCUCUUGGAAAAUCUGACUCAGAAAUUAAAUUUAGCAUUGAUUACAUCCUCUCAUCACCCGAUCCUUUGCCUGCCCUAAGAUCGCCCUUCAGUACCCAAGAUAAUAAAGUUCAUCUACUGGAGCCUCAACAAAUUAACCUCCAGUUUUGGACAAUGUGAGACACUCAGGCAACGAAGUAUAUUCUGAGACUUCUCUAUAACCCCCAGCUGCCAGUUAGUAAGAUUGUUGUGCCUCUUUCCUGUGUCACCUGCUGGAAGGGUGCAAUCAAGCCAACCUUUCACACAAAAGCUGAGCUGUUCCAUCAAAACCAGGAGCUUGAUUUCAUUGAUUUGUGCUUAAUGUUUAAAUCCAUUUGUUGGGGGGUGGGGGGAGACUUUUGAUCUCAUGAAUGAUGCAAAUGUGAAACUGGCUUUAUUCCUUAAAAGAUACUCACCUGUGAAAGAACCUAUAACAUGGAACAAUUCAACUCAGUUCAAUUUAACAAAAAUGUGUCAGGCACUGUUAGGUACCAGAGUUAGAAAGGCAUGGCUGUGCUAGACAGGUUGGCCUACUGACAUUGUUUUCCUUUAAAAAAAACCAAUUGGGACAAUAUUUGAUUAUUCUAAUUCUUAGCACUAUUGCUCCUAACUCCAUUCCCUAACAAAAUCUCCUGAUAGCUGUUUAGGUAACUGGAUGAGAGAGUUAUGUAAACUCUAAACAGUAAUGUGUAAUUUCAUUUUACCCCAUCAAAGUUACAUCCUAAUAUUAUUUACUUUGGUCAGUGUUGGUGGAUGAUGUGAUAAGACCUAAUAGAUAUGCCCUAACCCAUCUGCCAGAGAAUGUCUUCUUGUGUUAUUGUGGCAGCUUAAGAAAUCUCUCCAAUUUGUUCUAUACAAGGUGAAAGGAGAUUAAAGUGGGCUUAGAAUUUUAGGCAUUGACAAAACAAUGGAAUGGAGUUAUUUCUACACCCUAGCUUGAAGUGGUCAAUUCAUAUGAAGUCAUUGAUCCCACCUGUUAUCAGCCACCAAAGUGGUACAGAAUAAAGGUCCUUUCCAUUUUGGUGAAGUGGAUAAUCAGAGACUGGCAUAAUUAUAGACAUCAAUAUUAGGAUGGUAUGCACCAUUUGAAAUGUAAAUUAUUUCAUUACUGUGGGAGAUGAGCAUUUAGAAAAAUACAAUCAUAUACAUGAAACUAUUUGAUCACUCAGCAUUUUUUUUUAUCAAACACAUCUUUACAGAAUUAUUUGCUGUCCAUAACUUAAUUUGGAGGGUAUCAUGGAUUACACUAGACAUGAUUUGCAAGGUCCAACUCUAGGCUAGUCUCUCAAAUAGCAACACAUAUAGAGAGCCUAAAUUUCUUGAGACACAAUUUCAAAAGCAAAUUCAGGCUUCAGGAAAAGGCACUCAAAGUUAAUGAAGGUAGGCAACUUGACAUGGACAAACCAAAACCAACUAAAAGAUAGUCUUAGAGAUAGCUUGAAUUUUGAGAUGGGAGGUCUGACAUUUCAUUAAGUUAUUCAUGCUGUAUAUAGACACUUGACAUACUCUUAAUAUUUUCAGAUGAAGAAAGAUCACCACUGGCAUUUAUAAAAUAUUGUGAAAAUG